CUCAUAGUUUUCAUCUUAAAGGUAAUAUUUUACCGCACUGGGUUGAAUAUCCGGAUUUAAUGGCUGACUUUUAACUUUACAGCGCCUGCCUUUUUUAAUUUAUAAAUGUGUACAAUUGAUCCGAAUUGAGGAACUAGUUUUUGGAUGGUAACGCGCGCCGUCAGGACUUGUUUUGUUGUUGGACAGACAUGGAGACUCACGUUUCCCAUGUGAAUGAAGAGGACAGCGAAGAUCCUGGAGCUGCUCCUUAUGGAAACUUCAUCAAUUAUUACACCUUCAACCCGCCAGAGAACCGCCUGAGUUUAAUACCACAAACACUGCUGCAAAACAUCGGCCUCGCCUCUGAACGCGUGUUAAUCCUGGACGUGGGAUGUAAUUCAGGGGACUUGUCUGUUGCUCUCUACAAACAUUUAUUGCAUGAGGAAGCCUCUGGAAGUGACUUUUCUAAAAGAGAAGUCUAUCUGCUUGGAUUUGACCUGGACCAGGAUUUAAUCCUUCGGGCGCAAAACUCCAACCCCAUUCCCCAAAAUAUCCAGUUUAUCCCCCUGGAUAUCACAGAUGGUGCAAAGAGCCAGGCAGUGCUAGAGUCGUACCUGGGCAGGUUUGGCUGCCCCCGUUUCCACCUGUGCACCUGUUUUGCGGUGACUAUGUGGGUGCAUCUGAAUCACGGAGACGAGGCGUUUCUGUCUCUCCUCUCCAGACUGGCGUCUCUCUGUGAGUUUCUGCUGCUGGAGGCGCAGCCGUGGAAGUGUUAUCGCUCUGCUGCACGACGGUUACGCAAAUUGGGCCGCAGUGACUUUGACCACUUCAAGACCCUUGAGAUUCGAGGGGACAUGGCUGCACAUGCUAGAGAGCACUUGGAAAAGCAGUGCAGCAUGGAUUUGGUGCAGAGUUUCGGGAAUACCUCAUGGGACAGAAGUCUUCUGCUCUUCAAAAGACGAUGAUUAGGAGCAAAACAGUGGGUCAGAAGUUUAAUCAGUCAGGAUCAGUCUACAGCUGCCUGACUAGGGAUUGACAAUGAACUGUAACCCUAGUCUGGUACACUGUAGCUAUUUUUACCAACCACAAGGGGGACCUAGUGAUGUAUGCUUUGCCAUUAUUAUUAUUUUUAUUUUUUUACAUGUUUUUAAGUAACAGUAUAUCUAAUUGACAGAUAUAAAUAAGACAUUUUUAGUUUAUCGUUGUUGUUAUUAUUAAAAAGUAGAAGAAUAUGUUUGUCCUCUGGAUUAUUUUUAUCUUUCUAAAUUAACUAUUGCAGACGGAUGGAUAUAGUCUUUUUUUUUUCUUUUAGCACAUCCUCUAAACGUUUUAAUUUAAUAAAUGCUAUACUC